AUGCUCAACAAAAGAGGCCAAGACCCAAAUCUUUUCUGUGAAUUCCACAAAGACACCGGUCACUUGACUGACGACUGCUUUAGCUUAAAGAAAGAGAUAGAAAGAGCCCUGCGAGAUGGAAGGCUCACCAAACUGGUAAAAGGCGGGAAGCGCGAUAACCGUCAAAUUCACAGAAGAGAGGAAGGGCCAGACAACAAGAAGCUUCGAAAGUUAGAAACUCACAUGGUUCAAGGGGGACCACGGCGACCAAGAAAGAAUCACAACAAGCGCACACAAGAUGACUCUUGCCGUGAAAGACAAGUUGUCUUCCCCAUAGUAAGAGGAGGUCCAAGAGAGAGAAGACCCAUAGUCAUAUCUGGGGCAAUCGGUCAUUAUCAAACCGACUACAUCUUCAUUGAUCCAGGGAGCACCGCGGAUAUCAUAUACGAACAAUGUUUCAAUCAAUUCGACCAAGAAGACAAGGCGCACUUGGAACCAGUUGACUACCCACUAACUGGUUUCUUCAACGAAGCCAUCUUUCCUCUCGGCCAGAUAUCAUUCCCGGUGUUGCUCUCAGACGGAAGAAAUUCAAGAACAGAAGAAGUCACGUUCAUGGUGCUACCCGCACAUUCAAGACACGAUAUCCUUCUGGGAAGAGAAUCCCAAGGAGAUUUUAGUAUGAUCUGCUCUGGACCACAUUCAGCUGUUGGAUUCCCAACAGAGACAGGGGUAGCAAUAAUCUACACAAGCAAAGAAGUCUUAGCAACGGAUGAAAUCUGGCCAGCAAAAGCAAGCAAUCCAGCACCGCGCGCAGAAGCUGAAAAAUGGGUGUUAAACAGCGAAUAUCCAGAACAAACGGUCACCUUGGGCCCUGCAAUGUCUGAUCUCACGCGCGCGGCGCUAAAGAAGUUGUUGUUUGAAAACAUGGAUGUGUUCGCCUGGACACCAGCUGACAUGGUGGUGUUCCACGGCACAUAG